AUAUAAAACACCCACUUUUGUUUCAUGCCUUCUUUCUCUGCUUCCUUGUUGGUUGGAGCUCAAACUCUUCUCUCUCUCUCCUUCCUAGAGAGAGAAAGUCAGAAUCUGUUGUAACAUAGCAAAUGCCAACUUGGUUUGGUAGUGGCACUGCCACCACUGCAGCCACAACAACUUCAACAGUGUCUACACACAUUUCCUCUGAGAAAAGGUACCACCACCACCAAGUGUGCACCAAAAGUUGCUAACUUUUGUUGUACCAAUAAAGUUUCCUUCUCUCUCCCCACGUACACACUGAUUUGGGUUUUGUUUGUUGAGGCUUCAGGACUUGUCUUGCACCUUGCCCUCACCGUUUCUUAGCCAAAGUUUAAAUUUUUAUCAGUAAUGCUUGGUGGGUUGGUUUGCGUGUCUUGUAGUUGAGCUGAGCAAAGUUUUAUUUUUUUUGGCUGUGUGGUUGGGGAUCUGAUUCUCUCUGGGUUUUCUUUUCCUCCAAGAAAUUUGGAUGGUUUUGGCAUUGGAUAAUAAUGGCCAGUGAAUUGGUGCAUGCUUUGUUUGAUGGAAAAAAAUGCUUCUAGAAACAAAUCAUUAGGGAAAAGAAGUAGUGAUGGCUGCAGGGUCAAACACUGGUUUUCACUGUGAUGAUAUGGGUUCUGCUUUGAACUGGCAUGGUGCUGUUAGUAGCCUACCUGAGAUGGUUCCAAUGGGGAAUUAUUUUGGGUUGAAUAGUAACACCUCUGGGAUGACGAUGAUGAUGUAUUCUGGGAAUUCAAGCGUCAAUAACAAUGUCUAUGAACCUGUCACAAGUCAACCUGGCAAUGCAUCUGGUUCUUCUCUGCCUCUUGAUUCAGCCCCUGGACUGAGGAAUGAAGAAAGGUUGGCUGCUGAGUGGUCUGUUGAUGAGCAGUGCAAAUUGGAGGAGGGCCUUGCAAAAUAUGACGAUGAGCCAAGUUUCAUGAAGUAUAUCAAAAUUGCUUCUACAUUGCAUGAUAAAACUGUUCGUGAUGUUGCUUUGAGGUGUACAUGGAUGACUAGGAAGCGAAGGAAGCCAGAAGAACCCAUGGUAAAGAUGGUUAACAAUAGGAAGGAUAAGCUAGUGAAGUCAUCUUCAAAGCAAUAUUUUCAGUCAACUCCAACCCCAAGCAUGACCACAUAUUCUCUUAUAUCAAACCAUAUGAACAAAAGUCAAGGGAUACUCUGGCAAGAUGGAAUUUCUGGUCCUAUGAGGCAACUUUUGGAGCAAAAUGCUCAAGCAUUUAGUCAAAUUUCUGCCAAUUUAUCUACAUUGAAGUUUCAGGAUAACAUUGAACUCUUUUGUCAGACAAGGCGCAAUAUUAAUACCGUUCUUAAUGAUUUGUGCAGAAUGAGAACGAUGCCUGGCAUAAUGAGCCAAAUGCCCCCUUUUCCUGUUUCCAUGAAUGAGGAACUUGCAAGUAGUAUAUUCCCCAAUAAAUCUGAGGCAGCAAAUUAUUGACCCCAUUCAAGAUUGCCAACUCAGUGCACAAGUCUGGAGUUGUUGACAUUUUUGAAUGGAAAUCUUAGCUGAAAUUUUUUUGGGUGCUACAUGCAAUUGAGGAGCUGCAGAAUAACUGAUAUCACACUAUCUCAGGUCUUUCCAGAGUUUUUCAUCCAUGUUUGAUCUUCUCUCGAUAAUUUUAUUUUGUUUGUAGGAAAAUUUGCACUCCUGUUGUAAUAAACUAAACAUUUCCAUUGCCAGAAAAAGAAAAAAGAUAGGAAACCAAUUGGCAAUGGAUUGAGCUUAUUUACCAUUCAUUUGGUUUUGGAUUAUUGGUAAUUGUAUCAUGGGAAAGGAACUGAUGUAAACCUAUGGUGCUAUUUAGCCAUGGUUAUUAGCUGUUUUGUAAUUUGUAUGCGAAAUCAUUAUUUACAUCCUUGGUUGUACAUGAGGGGAACAAAUUGAGUCAUUUGCAUUUUGUUGAACUGCCUGACAGCUAACAGCUUCUGCAUUAAAGGGUCAACAAAUUAAUUGACACCCA